AUAAAGGAUGAGCUAAAAGUGCCAAUGCUAAUCACGGUCGUCGGCGAGGCCACGUAUUCACUGAUGUGUGACCUCUGCUCACCGGUGGAUCCUGAGAAGAAGACGUUCGACGAGCUGGUAAGCUUAGUCUCCGAGCACUUGGAGCCGAAGCGGUCCGAAAUAGCGGAGCGCCACGUCUUCAGACUGCGGCGCCAGCGCCCCGGCGAGCCACUGAUGGACUACCUACAGAGUCUCAAGCACCUUGCUUCCACCUGCAACUUUAAAACUAACCUGGAAGAAAACUUAAGAGACCAAUUUGUGUCGGGACUGGUGAGCGAGGCAAUGAGGUCUCGGAUCUUCGCGGAAACAACAAUCAAAUAUAAAGAGGCGGUGGAACUGGCUCUGGCGCUGGAGGCUGCAGAGAAACACGCGGAGGUGAGCGGCAGCGUGGCGGCUGCGACGACCUCAGGUGGCGGCGGCGGCGGCGGCGAGGCAGGCGAGGGCCUGCACCAGGCGAGCGCGAGGCGCGGCGGCGGCGGCGGCAGCGGGGGCGUCUCCCGGCCGCGCUGGCCAGGCCGCGCGGCCCCCGGGGGCGGCGACGGCGGCGGCGGCGGGCCCAGGGCCCAGGCCGCAGUGCAGUGCUGGCGAUGUGGCAAGCCACAUCGGCCGGAUAGAUGCAAAUUUGUGCAUUAUAAUUGUGAUCAGUGUAAUCAAAGGGGUCACCUAAAAGUGAUGUGUAAACAAGUAAAUAACAGUGAUAAUAGAUGGGCCGGGCGGCACCAUUUCGUGAAUGAGGAGUCGGACGAGGACAUGUUUAACAUCGCGGUCGUAGCGCAAGCUGAGUGACGCGGAGGGCGUAUACGUGCGCGCGCGGCCCGUGCCGCUGGCGCUGCGGGCGCGCGUGGAGGCCGAGCUGCAGCGGCUGCAGGCCGACGGCUCGGUG